GUCCUGAAGUCCUUUUUCGGGGUGAGCGGGGAUCGCGGGAACUUCAGCUACAAGCCCGGCCACGAAGAGAUCCCGGCCAACUGGUAUCGACGCGCCGUCGGCGACGAAUACGGCCAGGUGUUUUUCCUCAAAGACCUCCUCGAAGCCGCUGUUCAGUACCCCGAGUUCCUCUCUAUAGGGGGCAACACUGGCGCAGUCAACACCUUCACCGGAGUGGACCUCACGGAUCUCACCGGGGGGCUCUUGAACAUUCGCACCCUUUUCGAGGGCGACAAUUUGCCCUGUUUCGUCUUACAAUUCGCGGAGCUGGUCGCUGUGUCCGCUCUCCAGGCUGUUACCAGGAGGGUCGAUGAUGUCUUGUUGAAGGGGGUCAUCGGCAAUGCAACGGCCGGCCUCGUCUGCCCCGAGUUGAGCUUUUUCCCGCGGUUGUUUGAUCAGUAUCCGGGUUGGACCGAGUUGGGCCCAGACGGGUCUUAUCCCGAUCCGAUUUCCAGGAUCAUCAGUAUCGUGUGGUCCGGAAUGUUACCCAAAUUCUAG